CAUUUUUCCUGCUGUAGUGGAUUUGCUGGUUUUUGUGAUACCCCUUUUUUCUUGUCCCAUGUUUCUUUUGCUUCUGACUUCACUCACCUAGCCAUCGACAAACAUAGCAGAGGGGAGCCCUCGACUACGAUGGCCGACUCGAUUAAGGAAAAGGAGACAACGGUCUCCCCGCCGACGCCCCAUGAGAACGGCAUUGGGAAAACGACACAGGAGGUCACCCUUACGAAGGAUGGCUUUAGCGUUCACCCCCAGCCCGUCUCCGGGGACGCCAUGGACCCUCUCAAUUGGUCGUCCUUCCAGAAGCACACGAUUCUGGCCAUCGUCAUGGCGUUAUAUUUCAUGUUCACUUACAUCACGACGACAACGGUGCCCUCCUUUCCCGAGCUCCAGGAGCAAUACUCCCUCACCCUCGAGAUGGUGAACUGGACCGUCGCCAUCCCGGCUCUCGGACUCGCCGUCGGGCCUCUGCUCUGGUCCUCCCCGGCCGACAUUAUCGGCCGCCGCCCCAUCUUUAUCGCCGGCACAGUCGUCGCCUUCGCCGCCACGAUCGGCGCCGCCAAGGCCCCCUCGUACGGCGGGUACAUGGCCGCCCGCCUCUUCCAGGGCCUGGGCGUGAGCCCCGCCGCCACCGUUGGGCUGGCCAUCAUCAACGACAUGUUCUUCGAGCACGAGCGCGGGCAAAAGAUAGGGCUGUGGGUCCUGGCCAUUGACCUGGGCCUGCUCGCGGGGCCCCUGAUCGGCGGGUUCGUGGACCUGGUCGACCACUACUGGAUCCAGUGGCUGACAGCCAUCCUGUUCGCCGUCAUCCUGGCGGCCGAGCUGGCUUUCCUGCCCGAGACGCUGUACCCGCGAGACUACAUGCUUUCUAGGACGAGCGGCGUCGUCCUCACCACGGGGGCUGUGGACGAGAAGGCCGUCGCGGCGGACACGGCGACGCCAGAGGCCGUGGAGGUUUCAAGGACAAAGAGCCUGCCGUUUCUGAACGUGAAGCCGCUGCCGGCGAUGAAGCACCCCAAGGCGUGGGACUCGAUUGUCCGGUUUGGGAAGCUGUUCAAGUACCCGGUGGUACCCAUCGCGACGGGCGUCUACUGCUUCGGAUGGUACUGGUGGGUUCUGUCGGUCAUCACGAUGAUUCCGGUGGCGUACAUCGACUACUCUCCGCAGACUCAGGGCCUCUUCUUCAUCGGUCUGAUUGUGGGAACGCUCGUGUCCGAAAUCUUCUUCUCCGGGAAGCUGAGCGACUGGCUUGUCGUCAAGCUCGCGACGGGCAACGGCGGUGUCAAGACUGCCGAGAUGCGUCUGUGGCUGGCGUACCCGGCGGCUCUGCUGACGGCCAUCGGCCUCAUUAUCUGGGGUGUCAGCAUCGACAAGGCCUACCACUGGAUAGUCGGACAAGUAGCUUUUGCGCUCUUCGGUGCCGGUAUCCAGAUGGGCAACACGGCGAUUUGCUCGUACAUCGUCGACGCCUAUCCCCUUCAGAGCAUGGCCGUCAUCACCUUCUACGCCGUGCUGCUCAACUUCGGCGCCUUUAUCGACCCCUUCUUCAUCGCGCCCUGGGUCACAAACGUGGGCUACACUUGGACGUUCGCGGGGCAUGGCAUCAUCACAGUCAUCUUCUGCAUCCCUGCGCUGGGGCUGCUGCAUCGCUUUGGUGGCGCAAUGAGGCAAAGGGCCGGGGAGCCCGACUGGGUAAACCCGGAGUACGAUCACGACAUCGUCAGGGAGUCAUGAAGUUGGGGUUUCAAGGUGCUUUACUGGCCGGCGUUACCGUAGCAAAACAUGGAAAUUGGAGUUUGGUGGCGUAGGAUGUUGCGUGAGGCUAGGCGGGCGGACCGAAAGAAAAUUCCCCUAGCCUAUAUGACAGAAAAAUUUGAGAUGAUAUGCCAUGUUGAUCUCGGCUACAUAUCACAUCCGACGGGGUGACACUGAAAGAUGGGCCUAUCUGGUGCGUAAAGAUCUGGUAUUGUCUUCUUGGUCUGAGCUGUUUCUCUCCACUUGAAAUUACUCCAUCAACUGCCAUAUCCUUCAUUCGAGUACUUGGUCGGAAGCGCUGGAGAGGGACUAGGUGACGAGGAAUGCAAGCGUGAAUAGACUCGUUUAGUUCAAAUUCAAUAAUACAAUAACAGUCGG